UACACAGUUGGAAGCUCUUAUCCAACCGUCUUCCACACAUUCGAGACCCGACGUUUGUUUUUCUUGCCAACACCUUCCAAACUCAACCCAACCACACAGUGAAGCGCCACCAGCUCCUCCAUGGCCACACCUUAUUUUCUCCCCAACUCCAUUUCACCUUUCCUCACAAACCCAUCUUCAUCUCUUCCAAUCCACUUCACCAAAUCGUCCUUCUUCACCUCUCCACAACCCUUGCCUCCAACCACAAAACCCGGUUGCCGCAUUCAGCUCAAUGCCACUCCCAAAAAGAAAAAUCCCUGGCUGGACCCUUUUGAUGAUGGAGAAGACCCCAAUAUGGAGUAUGGAUCACUCUUCGCCGAUGGCAAACAAGAGGAGGACCCCAGGCCACCCGAUAACCCAGAUAAUCCUUAUGGUUUCCUCAAGUUCCCAAUGGGGUAUAGUGUGGAGAUAGCCUCAUUGGCCUUGAAAGUGCGAGGAGAUGUUCGACGUUGUUGUUGUGUGAUUUCGGGUGGCGUUUAUGAGAACUUGCUCUUCUUUCCUGCCAUACAGUUGAUUAAGGAUAGGUACCCUGGUGUGCAAGUGGAUAUAGUGGCGUCCCCGCGUGGGAAGCAGACGUAUGAGUUGAACAAAAAUGUGAGGUGGGCUAAUGCCUAUGAUCCUGAUGUUGACUUCCCUGAGCCUGCCGAGUAUACUGACAUGAUCGGAAUUCUUAAGGCUAGGUACUAUGAUAUGAUCCUAUCGACCAAACUGGCAGGGCUUGGCCAUGCUGCAUUCUUGUUUAUGUCAACAGCCCGGGAUAGAGUUAGCUACAUUUAUCCUAAUGUGAAUGCUGCAGGAGCUGGUUUACUCCUUUCCCAAACUUUUACACCAGAUGGUAUGAAUCUAUCAGAGGCUGGAUAUAACAUGUACCAUCAGAUGGUUGAAUGGUUAGGGAGACCAGCUCGGAAUGUGCCAAGGCAUCAUGUGCCUCCAUUAAAAGUUUCCAUUUCUAGGAAACUGAAGGAGGUUGUAGAGGGAAAAUACAAGGCUGCUGGUGCUGAGAAAGGGAAAUAUAUUGUGAUUCAUGGAAUCGAAUGUGACUCAAAGGCUUCAAUGCAAUCUAAAGGGGAUACUGAUAGCUUGCUACCCAUCCAAAAAUGGGCUGAAAUAGCAGACACUAUUAGGGGAAUUAGGCCAAUCUUUGUCAUUCCGCAUGAGAAAGUAAGGGAAGAAGUGGAAGAAGAAGUUGGAGAAGAUGCCAGCAUAGUGUUCAUUACUACCCCAGGACAGCUGGCUGCUCUUAUCAAUGACUCCCUUGGGGUAAUAACCACAAACACAGCUGCUGUUCAGCUUGCCACUGCCCGUGAAAAGCCCUGCAUUGCAUUGUUUUCUUCUCAACAGAAAGGAGAACUAUUUGUUCCCAAUGCACAAGAGAAGAAAUGCUUAAUUGUUUCAUCCAAGACAGGGAAGUUGGUAGACAUUAAUGUUGAAGCUGUUAAAAAGGCAACAGAAAUUUUUGAUGUGUCCUUGGCUCUGGCCUAGAUGAAGAAGAGGAUCUUUUUUCAGUUUCCUUCUUCCGGUAUAGCAGGGCAGACACUGGGUUGUAUAAUAGAGAAACUGUCAUUGAUAUAGUUUGUUUGUUCAGGUUGGCUAAGCAUGACCUGGCUCCCAGUUGGGUUGGUUUAACCUGUAUCCAUUCAAUUGCUUCAA